GUACACACUGUAAUGGCUGUAGUUCACACGUGUGGGCUGGAUUGUUGUUAAGUGAAGCAAGUUGAAUUUGGAAACAUGCACCAGAAAAAGGAAAAAAGAUCUAGAAAAGUUGAAAGUAAUGAGAAAGAUAACUUUGAUGGAAUGGAAGAAACUCCUGCAAAAAAAAAACGCUUAGAAGAUGAAAGUGAGAACAAUCAAGAUCAAAUAGACAAGGACAAACAAGAGGAAAAUAUGGAAACUCUUGAUACUUCUCAUUCAGAAAAGGUCACAGCUGAAGAUCUCUUUAACUCUUUGCUGACAGGGGCACAACCGUAUUCCAAACUAAAAUCAUUUGUGGCAGCAGCAAAAUGUUUUACCAGACGGGAAACUAAGGAAGAUAUUGUUAAGAACUAUCUCGCUGCAUCGGGAACGUGUUCCGAACUUCUAGAUUUAUUAAAUCAGGGAAAUAAAACUCCAUCAGAGAAUUCCAUUAUAUUUCUCGCUCUAGAACAGAUUCUGUUACGUAUCGCCGAGGAUCUAGAUAUUUAUGAAACUGUUGGGAUUGGAAUAGUAAGACGGAUCUUACAGUCAAAUACCAGAUCAAUUUACACCAUGCUUCAUCAACGUCAGAAAGUCGCACAUUUGAAAGCCACCCUGAAAUUCCUCACUGCCAUGGUCUUGCUUGGGAAUGCGGCUGCAAAAGAAUUUUUUCCACGUUUCAAUUUUAAACUAGAAACCAUUUACCCCUUGUUUGCAUACAUACAUCACCAAGAUCCUCAAGAUGUCAGAACCUGCUUGCUACACUUCAUAUUUUCCUUUAUGGUUGUUGGAGAUAAUAACGUGAUUCGGCAGCUCAUGGAAUUAAAAGGAUUUCUAAAUGCCAUAUUUCAAGGCUUACCAAUGGACAAAGCUUCAACAAUACACCUUGUAUUAAACACGCUGCACAAGAAAGUUAUAGAAAAUAUUUCAAUUAGCAAGACGGUAAAAAUUCGGCUCCUGAAUGAUGCAACCCUGAAGUAUGUAGUAAAGCUGUUUUCUUGGACUGGACCGAGAAGACAACAGCUUCAAAAGAAAGGAAAAAAUAAGUUAUUAGACGAUGGUCCCACAGAAGCUUUAGAUGCUACCGAAGAAGAAGUUACUUUAGUGAGAAAUAUAGCUCAUGAAUUUAUGUUGGCAGUUUGUUGCUCUUACAAACUUGGUAUCAUCUUUCAUGACUGGUCACUGGGAACAUCUGGAAAGAAUGAAAAUCACAUCAUUACAAACCUACUAGUAUCAAUAGAGAAGCCUUACGCAGACAAAAGAAUGUCCGAUUUUGUUGUCCAGGUCUUACGGACUUGUCCAGAUCAAGUCAAGCACUUUGUUUCGUCUUUGAAGACAGCUCUUGAGCCUCGAUUAUCUCCGGCCUGGAUUGGCACUGUUGAACUUGUGAAAAAGAUAAUUGAAUCCCAAAAUCCAGUCGAGAGCCUUUCAACUACUAAUGGCAAAUUGAAUAUUAAGAACAUGGUUUUUGCGAUAACCACCCUUUGCAUACCUCCAGUAUUUCAGAGGGCAGUACUGGUUGAACAUAUUCAGAAAAGCCAUUUUUGGAUUAGGCACGAGAUUCUCAGCAUUAUUUUGAUAAAUUUGACAAAGAUGGAAAAUGCCUCGACUUGUAUUCAGUCAGGUAGUUUAGAAACCCUUUACUCACGAGAAGAUUUGAACACGGUUCCACAGCUGCUGAGAGAAAGUCUUCACAAGGCCCUUCCAGACAUUUCUGUAAUCCAAACAUGCUUGGAAGAAGUAAUAGCCAGUGGUUUGACUGCCUCAGUUACUGAAGAAGGACCAGAUAUCACCAUAAUCAACGAGUAUACACCUCCAUCCCUGGCACAACAUUUGAAUAGGAUAUUAGAAGUUCUGAUUGGUUACCGAAACGUGCUUCCCCACCAGGAGAUUGAACUGAAACUAGACUCGUUUUUGGCAGGUGUAAAAAAACAUUCAAAAAAUAUGACUUCAGAAGAUUUGGCUUCGGUGCAGUUGCAAGCUUUAAAACUAGUUUCUACAACCACUCAGAAUUUGUGUAUUUUAGAAGAGGAAACUUUGGACUCUCCAAUCCUGCUCCUUUUGGAUGUUUUUCAGUCAACGAAGGAUAGUGACCUUAAAAAGUCAGCCAAAUCGAUCAUUAUUUCUAUCUUAAUGAAAACUGGAUUAUUUGAUGGAUGCGAGUGGGAGUUGGAUAUCUGGUUGGAAACUAUGGAUCAGAUGCAAGAAACCAGUCACACCAAAGCAGCUGAAUUCUUCGAAGCAAGUGUGAAAGAAUUGCUUUCCAAGUCGAACUAUUACAUGGAUAUUAUUUUGGAAAGUUCCAUGGAAUAUAUAAGUGAUUGUGAACAAAAAACAAGAUCCAUGGUUGAUUUAGAAGAUCUUUUGAGAAAGACUAGAAGCAAAGAAGACUGUAAAACUGGAAAGAACAGGGAGCUUGAUGAACAAAUUCAACCAAACACUCUGCCUUUUAGUGUCUUAGUUCCUGCAUCUUUGAGUGUUUUAGAAGAGCAGGAUGAAGUAGAUGAAACAAUUGUGCAAUUUUUAACAAGUGUCACCAAGAGCAUCCUCUUCAGUCAGUAUCACCCAGAAACAUUGAGCAUUAUUCUGUCUAGGUCUAAAAAACUGUUACUUCACGAUGUCCUAGAAUACGUGAAACUUUGGGUUCCUACAGCUUUAAAGUCCAAGGACAAAGAAGAUACCAUCGAAGAAGUGACAGCUUACUUUGACCUUCUAAAGGCUAUUUUAGCUGACCAUUUAGAUUUUAAAAAAUAUACAAAGUCUCUAAGUGGACACGGCAAACCUGAAACAGAUAGCUUUGAACAAUCUCAUUUGAGUCCUGAAGCUAAAGAGGAUGAUAAUUGUGUUUCAUUUGCAACAGCUGCGUUACAACUGGUGUUUGCACAUCCUGAAGCCAUUAGUUGGUUUCUUAAGUAUGAUAAAGAAACUGGUGUUAGUCAACACGUAGUGCAUUUGAUCACUGCUUUUUACCUCAAAUUAAUAGGAAGUUCAGAAGCCAUUUUGAUGGUCACACCAACCUUGUGUAGCAUGAUUAAACCAUUCAUGAAUAAAGUGCAGAGAUUUUUAGAAGAAAAUAGUGGCAAAGCUGUGCAGACAUUCAUGACGGAACAAGACAAACCUUUUAACUUGCAAACUUUGCUGAUGCCAAUUUUUAAUUUUAUUGACAAACCUAAAACAUGUGACUUGCUGGAAGCCAUCUUCAGGAACAACAGGUUGGAAACUUUAAGAGUGAUAGAUCCAGAGUUUAUAGUCAUCCAAAAACUUUUACAGAAUCUCACAGUGAAAGAUCACGAUUUCUCGACCAUGCUGUCAUCCAGCUGUGUAUCGGCAUUGUUUCAGCUCUAUGCUACAACAACAACAGAAGAGGCUGCAUCGGCUCGAUUAGGAAAAUGCCUUUUGGAUUUCCUCACUCAGUAUCCACCCUAUUGCGCUGCUGUUGAAGAAGAAACAGUAUUAUGUUUAAUAGAAAAAUUUCACGUGGAAAGUCUGAGGAUCGUUGAACUUUUAGCGAAAUCUUGUCCUGUCCACUUACAGACCUGUAAACAUUGGCUUUCAUCACAUCAAAAAAAUUUGGAAUCGAGAGACAAAGUGGCUUUUAUCUAUUUUAUUAAUCUCUGUUUUCCACCAUCUUGGAUUCCUGGAACUCUUGAAAAAUCUCUGUACCCUGUAAUCUCACAGUUUUGGACUAUCAUCUGUGAAAAUAUCAAAGGAGAACUUAACAUGGUCAUUAAAGACAAAACAAUUUUGGAUUAUACUUCAACUCUCGUAUACAAAUUGUCCACUGAGAAAUUAAUUGAUUCAGAUAUGAUUCUGCAGCUAGUGGAAUUUAUUCACAGCGACGUUGUAGAGAAUGGAAGGAUACUCGGGGAGGAACAAAUAAAGCUUGCACUGUGGCUGUUUAGAAGUUGUGCAGUUUUAGAGCACAAGGUGGCACAGGCAGAGCCUGCUGUUGCUCUAAUCAGAGUUCUACUGAUUUCUCUAAUAAGAGCCUUGAACCAGAAUACAGCUAACAAGGACGUACUUGUCGAGACAUUGACGGAUGUUGCUGAAGAAACUGUAAAGAGUACUGAUGACUACCUAGUUCAAGAAGCUUGUUCCAACAAAGAAAUUUGGUUUAAACUUGUUAAAGUCAUACUGAAGGAUUCCAUGAGGAUUGAAGCUGGAAACCUAAAACUUCUAAGUCUCUUAAAAAACCUCUGCCACAUUGUCUACAUCCAGUGUUCAGAAUUGUUUCCAUUUCCCGUGAGCGUGCUUUAUGAAAUGAUACUUGGACAUUCCAAUUUUUUAACUGUGCUGUUAGAAGAACAGACUGACGUGUUAAACCGUAAAGAGACUGUUGUGGACAUUCUUAUCACCUUGGCAACUGUUGAUGGCUCACUGUGUAUGAAUCAUCACAUACCGAUGCUGCUUGGAGGCUAUCACGCUUCUUUACGAAUAUUGGAUCAGAAAAUACUUUACCUCCUGGUGUUGUUUGAGAGACAUGGAGCCCAAGUUUUUAAUUUCAAACCUUUUCUGUGGGGUCAGGCAGCUAUUGGUCAUUACUCAUUGAAGAAAAAUAUUGGAUUGUCCUUAUUGAAGCAGCCUAGAAUGGAAGAAGUUCUAAAUCUUUUGGAUGAUGAAAAGAUGAUUUUGACAGCACUGAAAUUUCCACUCACUCUAGAACUACAGCCUAAACUUCCUGAAGAAAAAAUGAAUCGAGAUGAUAAAGUCGAUGAAAAUCUAUACGAUCCUCGUUUUCUUCUUCCUUUCCUUUCCCAUCUGUUGACUCCAGGAUCUCUAGUUCAUUUUAAAAAGUUUAUUGAAACGAAGUGUCUUGCUCUAGCUUUUGCCGCCCUUUCUAGCUAUGAUAAUGGCAUGAGAGCUGCUGGAUAUACUAUAUUAUCAUCAUUUUACCAACAUUUAGAAGGAUCUUUCUACAAUGAGAGGAGAAUUUGGCUCAUGUUGUUGGAUAGUGUAAGAAACUCGUUAGAAAAAAACAACAUAAGGCUUCCAUGCAUCAUCACAGUGUUUCUGGUGAAAGUUACGCAACUUAUGAUUAAACCAGCUGACCCGUUGUUUAGGCCAGUGUAUCAAUUUCUGAUGCUGAAGCCUGCACUGGAUUUGGGGAAUGUUCCAGAAUUCUAUAAGCUUUUUUAUAGUAAUGAUUUGCAGUUUCGGCUCCAUCAAUCGUGGGUCUUAACCUUACUGUCUGAAGGCACAAGAACCAGUCUAGACUUCCACAUUUGUCAGAAAAGAUACAUCUUCAACAUCCUUCUAACGUAUUAUAAUUCGGUUCUAUGCAGUCAACAACACAAGGUGCUGAUUCUCAAAAUCUUAAUAACAGCUGUAGAAACACCAUCUUCGGCCCAGAUACUUUGUAAACAGCAUGGACUGUUGGCUUGGUUACAUGGUGCCAUCAUCAAAUGCGAGAAUUCAAGUCACGAUCUUAUAUGCCAGCUAGUUCUCGUGUUACACAAAUUGUGGAUAUCAAGUGUCUCCUAUUCAGAAUCAACCCAUAAACAAGAUAACACCACUGAAGCGUUGGAAAACUCUUCUUCAAAGUUAAAUGAUAACCAGACAAAUGCGUUACAUCAUCAUCAUCAUUUCUACCAGUUGUUUCCCACAGAGUUUCUGUUUACACAUCUUUCAAUUUUACCAAAACUAAGAGAAAUUGAAGACAUAACAACAAUCCAUAAUUAUUUUGAGACUCUUGCUACUGUCUUGUGUUACGUUGCUGAAAACGCUUUAGAACCAACAGGAAAUAUUCUUUUCAUAACUUCUGUACAUAAUUUGCUAAGUUUAUGGUGCUUAAAGCUGAAGAAAUACUUGCAAGAAGAGAAAACGGUUUGCCCUUCUUCUCUUGACGAACAAAAAUCUUUCAGAGAUGGUGAAAUAACUCUUGUGUUUAAGUGUAGAAGAUUACUGUCCAAGAUUCUUCUUUACUGGAAACCCACCUUGGAAUCUUCCGAUGUUAACUUUAACGAGACACUUCCUAACGAUCUUUCUUCCCGAACUGUUACAGACACUUUUAUCAGAGUGUUGAGGUUCCAACUGGAAGAUGACGAAAGUAACAGUGAUGUAAAUAAAUGUACCUUCUUCGUAGAAGUCACGAGCUGGAUUAACAGUUGUUUAAUGCGGGAAGGAAAUCAGUGCCUUAGUUUAGCUCUUCUUUCAGACUCGGACUCUGAGAGUUAUUAUUGUAUUGAAUUGUUAUUCAGGAAGUUAGUAUGCAUGAUAAGGUUAUGUUACCUUCAGCCCUGUGAUAGCUGUACGAGAGAAGUUAACAGUUUAACUACGUUUAUUAAACAGUUGAUGAACAACUUAGCACUGAUAAUGAAUGGACUUAGUGAUCUUUCAUCAGAAUCUGGCACAUUUGUUACACUAGCAAACAGUCGUUCUUACAGGAAGAGGCUGAGAAAGAAAAUACAGAAACUUUGUGACCCGGAAUCAAUUACUGAUUUAACCCAGAUGUUUCCAGCCAUAACGAUAUUCCUGGAGCUAUGGAUAAGAAAACCAAAACCUACACUUUAUAAAACUUGUCAAGACAACUGAAGUAAUGUGUAAAGGGAGUGAGAAGUUGAAAAUAUCAGAUGUAUAUCUCUUUAACCAACUGUUAUAAUUGUAAUAAAUUACAUAUUUUUCAACCAAAAA